GGUGGCCUCGUCAGGGCCACGCACUCAUACACAUACACGUAGAAGCACACGUAUACGUUACAAUAUACAGACUUACAGAGUCGUGCAUACAAGACACCUGUGCAGCCGUUGCGCUCUGUUUGGAUUCGCUCGCGGGCCGCCGAGGCUCAAACUCCGAGUUCCACGCCAACUUCCCAAUGUCUCCGCGACAGCGCCCUCGACCACGCGUGCACAUUUGCUACAGGCUAUACAGUUCAUAAUAAGAUCUGCUUCGUGUUGCUAUUGACACUGCUUCCCGCAACGAUUGCAUCUAUCUUCUUACUCUUCGGAACUCAGGGAGUCGAGAACGAUGUACGAUGCAUUAUGCAUUUCGAAUUCGAUUCAAAGACUUGGGUAUGCCGCGGAUCACGCCGGCACAAGCCUGCCAUCUCCCGUCGAUAAUGCCAAACUUUACACGCUUGUGGAUCGCGCGCAUAUCCGAUCGGAGCAAUAUCUCUAUCGGUAUAAUAGAACUUGAAUCUUAUCGCCUCCAACGCCCAAAUAUUUCAAUUUCUUAUCAAGACCUUAUCACGGCUGCCAAAAAAACGAAAAGACUUGAAUCAAAUCUUCAAUGCAAACAAGGCUCUAAUCUUUUACUUGCUUACGCUAAUUUGCUCAGAGGGUAGAACAAAAGUGAAAGUUUGGUUUUGUCAACAAUAUGCCAACGUUCGAAAUGUAUUCAUUCGAUUUGAAAGGCAUGAAUUGGAAUGAAAAACUCUUUCUGUAGUGGGCCAACAAUUUAUUGUAACGAACAGUUGUACGAAUAGUUUAUUUCGUCUGUAUAAAUUUAACCGAUUCAAUUUUAGCGAUUCAUCGCUUUUAAUGCGCUGCAAAGUUGGGAAUUAAUUCUCAACUCAAGGAAUAGUAAAUUUUUAUAUAUUCAAUUAUUGAUUCUAAAAACAAGUUUAUUUACUUUUUCAACGAGAAAAAUAUAUUCUAGUUUAUUUAAACGAGAUGUUUAUAUCUCAGAAAAUGUCGUGGCUUUUCGGCAAAAAAAAACAUCAUCGGGAUUCCCCGACAGAAACCCCAACAGAAAGCGAGCCACCUUCCGACGAUUACAUAUUCGUUGAAAGGCGACAACAAGACCCACCUCCUAACGUGACACCUUACCCAGGGAUGUAUCCUUCUCUGCAUAAUAUAGGUAAUCAACCUGCGACGUCAUACUCCUUGCCUAAUCAAGUAGCAGGUCAUCAUGUGCCUAAACAAGCCUCUGUAGAUAAUCCGGCAGGAGAUAUUAGUAAUAUUCCUUUCAGAUUUUGUCGAGAAUUGGAGAGGAAUAUGAAUGAAGAUUUGAUAAUUGAUAAACUAAGAUUAGAUGAAAUAGAAUCUUUUAUUAAGCGUAUUAAUAUUAAGGACUACGAGUAUACAUUCAGCCUUGAAAGAGACAUCAUCUCCGAGUUAGACAGUCAAAACGAGGAAGAAUAAUUUGCUCUACCGUUUAUAUAUACAUACAUUGAUUUUUACACCUGUGAUUGUUAUAUGAACACUUAUGUUGCAGUGCUUACAUAAUUUAAAGUUAUGAAGAAGUAACUACUUGUAAACUAUAACCUCUUCUUGUACACAUGAAAUUGUUCGUUUAUCUUUGUAUAAAGUAUAAUAUAUUUAUUCUUUUAUAAAAGCCUUUGUGAUUGCCAUGCAUUAUUCACUUGUGAGAGAUUACAAACAGCCAUUUAUUUACAUAAGUAUGUACAUCAAGAUUUUUUAAAUAAAAAAUUUUAAAAAUAA